AAUGGGUACUUUAACGACAUAAUCGAAAAAAGGGAAAUUAUUUGUAAGACCAUAAUUUUAUGCUUAAUUCUUGAUGCUUAGAGUUUCUUCUUGUUAAAUAAUUAAAUUUCAAACAUUUUGCAUGACAUUUCUUACAAUGAAGCAUUCGUUUUCAGACUCUGAGAGUUCACGUUGUCAUUAUCCGUGAAGAGAACAUAUUGUUUUACAAUGAGGCGGUCGGUUAAUUCGGGAAGUGUUCAUCUGGAUGAAGACCUAAUGAUGAAAGGCUGGGUCGUCUUCACUGGUGGACUGGAUAUAUCGGGAAAUCCAUUGCUAACAUUCCCCGCUUUGGAAAAGGCAUCCAUCUGGACAUCAGACCAUCUUCUGCGUCUCCUGCUAUACAUGACAGACAUUGCAGAGUUAAUUCUGAAAAGAAAAGCCAUGGCGUUUUUGGCUGAUUUUCAGCGAGGAUAUAGCGAGGAGAAGAUGGAAAUGUUGAUACAAGCACUACGUUCACUCGAGUCGGAAAAGAGAGGCACCGUUGCAAUUCUCUAUGUGCUGAAACCCAAGUCUAGAGGCAAAAGUCAUACACUUAAGAAACUGCUGGGCAUCAAGCAAAAGAAAGACCAAGUGACCUUCGUGAGUCAAUUCAAAUCUAUUCUGUUAAAGUCUACAACCGCCCUACAUGCUCAGAUUGAACCAUACCAGCUGACACGUGACUUUGGAGGGACGAUUGCAUAUGAUCACCACUCGUGGAUGUACUUCUACAAGAAAAUCCUUCCGACCGUCGCUCUCUCUGAAGAGACUUUAGAUAAGUCUACAGACAUUAGGGAUAAAGCAUUACUACUUAAAGACUACGAGAUCACAAGUCAUUCAUCUCGAGAUCUUAAGAGGCACAAAAAGGAGAUACAUCAACGAUACAGAGAUCUGCAAGGGGAUAGUCACAUCCAGACCUCUAUUCAGAAGUGUAAACAGGCGCUACAUCUACUCGAUGAACAUUCUGAGAAUGAUCCACUGGGUCAUCUUCACCACGUGCUUAUCAUGGAAGUCACCACGAGUGUACGGAUAAUGUAUAAUCAGCUUCAACAGCUACAGAAUGGAUUAGAACAAAUAUGGCAUGAACUGAACGACUUAUUGGACAAAGAAAUAGAGAUUAAGGCGAAGAGAGAAGAGGCAGAACUACUGUGCAUGGAGAUAUCAGAGCGAUUCUGGCCUCUUCUAACCCAACACCCGACUAUUGCUUCUUCCUUGAGUCAGGCUGAGAUGUACAGAACACACUUCGUUACCACUUUGUACGACCCUGCUACGCAAAUGAUGUCAACAGCCACGGAAAUUCUUCAGCUUCUUCGAGUCUUUAAAAAUGAAAGUGGCAACCAUGCAGCACAAGUAAAGACUGUUGUCGGUAGACUGACUAAUACUGUUCAUCCAUUCACUCAUCAGCUGAACGCUGUUAACCAGAUUUACACCUCCGUUCACGUUUUCUUCUUUAUUUUCGAAAAGUCUUUGGGUUGGUAUAAGCGAUCCCUUAACUUCAUACCCAACUCUCUCUGCAAUCUUGCGGCGGAAACAGAUCCGGAUGAGGUGUCCUAUCUAUCAGCUCCUCCCGACUGGAAAUACAGCGUUAGAAUGUUUUUGAAGAAGCACCCGGCUCCACGCGAGGAUCACGUUGCUGGACUUGAUAAAAAUGCUCCCAAGGAAGUAUACAUACAAACUAAAACAAGAGGAAAGAAACUGGCGAAUAGACUUCGCGUACUAAUAUCGAUCAUGCAAGAUACCUAUCUGGACGUAAACUGUGUAAAGGCUAUACAUGCGUGGAAACAGGAGGAAAUUUUUGAAGGAAACCCCGAAUUCUCAGAAUCAGAUCAGCCAAAUUCUAACGUCCAUUCUAAAAUACUUUCUCCAUUCAAAAGUCAGAGACCUUCUAGACUUCGGCGCAGAAUUUGCAGAUCACGAAGCAACCAUCAGCACCAACAUAACAAAUCAUCAUAUCGGAGAGGAUGUGAUGGAAAAGUUCGACAAGUUCGUACUGAGUCUUCAGAUACUGAGGGGUUUGGCUUCUCCUCUGAGAGUGGCAGUGUAGGUAAAGGGGAUGCGAUGUCGAAUUAUCCUUAUGGCAUAGAUUCUUGGCAGCAACAGAAUAAACAUCAUCCAUUUGCCAAACGUAUUCGAAGUUUCAAAAGUACAUCAUCGAUACAAUCCUCAGGAAAUUGGUCGAUGAAGACAGACAGCGCUGUGGAUUUUAUAAGCAAAAUCACAUCUUCAAGAUCUCUAACAAAUGAAAAGAAAUUACAGUUUGUGUCAGAUGUCUUGCUCGCAAUGGAAGAUGACGAUGAAAACGACGAAACUGGAAUGUACAAUGACAACUACAAAACACUAAGUAAGAAACUAUGUACCCCUCGAUCAUGUGAUGGAACACCAGCUGGAACAGUGUCAGAGCUUACUGGACGACUUUGUAAAUCUCUGGAUAAUAUCAUGGGUUUCGAUAUUCGACAUGACCAAAGAAGCCUUGCCUCUAAUCAAGGGACGAAAUCUCUCAGUAAUAUAAAUAUUGUGGAUUCCGAGGGUGAGCUGUGGAGGAAAAUUGAGAGUCGGUCUCCUUCGAUGAAAAGUGUUCACCUAGAUGACAAGGAGUUUUCUUCCAAUUCCGACGAAUCAACAGAAGAUAGGGAAGAAAUAGACGAUUCCGCACCACUCGAAUUUCUACAGAGAAACAAGCCGAUGCGACAAAAUAUUCGAAGAAAACGGCGGUAUACAACUGACAACUUCGAUAUGAGUGCAAUACAAUUAGAAGAUUUUUCGGCUAGACAUGAUUGUGAUCGCAUAACAAAUACCUCCGAAAUAAAUGUUUCUAUCCAUCAGGACACUGAAAGGGAACUAGAAAUCAGGAAUGGCAUAUGUUCUUCCCCCGAUUUGAACGCAUUUCUGACAGAUGAAGCCACUGGUUUGAAGUCCGAUUCCACAAAAGACACUUUUUUGUCUGCCAUCGACCCUAAACAUUCCCGGAGUCGAUUCUAUAUCGGAGAACCGUCAGCCAGAAGAAAUGGGGAAUACGAUGUGUAGAUUUUGCAAUGCAUUUUUGUAUUUCUUUUUAAAAACCAUUGAAUCAUUUUCGACAGAAUUGCAAAAACAGCACAAUGAAAAUGAAUGGACUUGUUAUGCAAUGAGUAUUUAUUUUUGAUUUCAGUGAGCAUUUACAAUCCGUAAAUUCAAAAUUUAUUGCGGAUUCUUGUUCCUUGGCAAUAUUCAUCCCAUAAUUGUGACUAAAUGACGCGCCAUCGUGACCGACACCGCCUACAAUGAGCAGAUAUGCCAUCUAAAAUUAUUAAUUGUCUGAGGGAAAAAAAUAAAACGAUUCCCUAAA